AUGCCUGCUGUGGGCCUCAAUUGGACUUGCCACCUGUUAUUGCUGCUCAAUGUUUUUCAGACAUGCCCAGCCCAAGCAAUUCCCAUCGAAUCUGAGGAGAGAGAGGAUGGCAGCCGUAGGACGACAAGAUGUGCAUGGGGAUGUCCUGUGCACUUGGGAAUUUUGCACCAUCUGGGAUACAGGGGCAGAAAGUUCCAUUUGCAGCUGUUCACUGCUGUGAUGAUUUUUAAGUACUUGGUGGCUUUGCACUCCACCUGUACUAUGCAUGGGCAGUUGCAGGGCUAUUCCAGGCAGCAUUGGUGA